CUCUGGUCUCAGUGACGGUUAAUGAGAUUAGCUGUUCGUCUAAGCCUGCGUCAGUGCAAAGGGGUCAAUCACAGGAUUAACACCUUGCUUAAGAGUUGCAUCACUUUAUUAGACUUUUUUCCUCUUUACUUUGACUUUAGCGCAACUGGCUCUUUGUUAAAAAAAAAAAAAAAAUUCCAGCCUCCAGAGCAUGUUUAGCGCCUGUAAAUGAGAUCUGGUUGCACGAGUGGAAUAUUGGAUCGCAUCAUGCUGCCUUGGGACUGAGUCGGUCAGCCGCUGAAUGAAGCAUCUUCCAGGGGGAGAAGAGGAGCAGGGGCAGCCAGAGAAGUGAAGGGCUGCUGGGCCAACAUCUUGCCUGCUGUGGCAGAGUCUGAGACUCUGGACAAGUCGCCCUCAUGCCACUUGUAAAUAACAAAGUGGGCGAUGAUAGCACAGUUGGCAAAGACAAGGCUUUGGCUGAUGGAGAGGCUCUGGUGGAUUCUUUGAUAAAGGUGGUGGCAUGUUACCGGCAUCUGGCCUCGUGUGUCGGCAGCUGCACUGACAGCCUGCAACUGAGGGAUGAGCUGCGACAAACACGAGAAAAGGCCCAAAAGUUGGCCGUGGCCAUCUGUCAUCAUCUGACCUCACACCUCCGGAACAAGAGCCUGCCGGAGGAGCAGCGGAAGGAGAUGGAGCUCCUCUGGGUGGCCUUCUCCUCCAGCCUAGAGCUCCUCCACGUUGACAUGUGCAAGGUUUUCAAAAUGGGGGACAUUUUCUCCCUGGCAGACACUGGUACCCUGGUGCAGACUGGCCUACAAGGAGGAAGCAGUGAGGUGGCAGCUCGAGCGCUCAGUAUACCAGACCUGAACCAGGCCCAGCCUCCGGCCCUCCCUGCUGGCCUGGAGAGCCAGGAACAGAGCACCCUGGAGCAGGAGAUCAGCCAAAUUGACCACAUGAUCGAUGACAUGGAGAUGAAAGUGAACGUGUUGCGCUGGAUGGUGGAGCCCCACGGUCCACAGUAUGCAGACCCACUGAGCAGCACCGACAGCGCCUCCCUGGCUCUGCUCUCCAUGGACGAGGAGCGGCCCGGACACCAGCCUCUAUGCCAGCGCAGUCACAUCUUUGUGCUCUUAUUGCUGUUUGCUGUUGUUUUUGUGGCAGCCACUUUAUCUGUCUGUAUAUUCCUUUUCUCAUGAACAAAACCUUAAUAUGAUCAAAUUGUUUUUCUGUACAGCCUCAGAAACGCUCAGUAACACUGUAAAAAAAAUGCAAGCUUUGCAUGUGCAGUAGUUUACUCUUUACACCUUAUGUACAAAAACAGUUUUGUAAUAGCAACUAAAUUAUUUAUUUAGAGCAUAAAAUCUACAUCUACACUGAAAUAAAUGUGGAUGGAAACCAGUUAAUGCAAAUCUGCCAUACACUUUAAACUAUCUUAGUGAAUAAAGGGACAUUAAAAGCACAUGGUGGCCACUGAGAACUGAGUUCAUCAAAUGUAAGUAUUAUACAGAUGAUUUAUUUUAUGUUUAUUUUUUAAAAUACAGCUUUUAUUUUCCUCUACUUUCUCCUGAUUAGUCUGUGAAAGGAACAAUUUUGAAUUUUAAAAAGAGGCCAGGACACUUGUCACGUUUUGCUCCUUGCUGCCACUGAGAAGAAGUAGAUGCUGAUGCUUACCCUUGAUAUGCUGUGAUAACUUUUUAAAAUUCAUUAACUAUUUUGUAUAUAAUCUGUGUUGUAGAGAACUUAGGAUAUCUAGUUUAGUUAUGCAAUAUAAAAGUAUCAACUUUGAUAAGA